AGAGCAAAGCCGCGGGCGGGGGCUGGGGGAGAGGGCUGCGCGCUGCCUGCGCUCUGCAGGCGGAGCCUCGCGUGCCGAGACCCGGCUAGAACCUGUCAAGAGUCGGUUUUUAGUGAAAAAGCAUUGAGGUAGGAGCCAAGACCCACCUCUUUGCUAAUUUGAUGUUCUGCAAGUCAUCUUAUCUCUCUGGAUCUCAGUUCUUUCAUCUGUAAAAAGGAGAUAAAAAUUCUUUACCUGUCUGAAGAUGAGGUGGAGGACCAUCCUACUACAAUAUUGUUUUCUCUUGGUUACAUGUCUACUUACUGCUCUUGAAGCCGUGCCUAUAGAUAUAGACAAGACAAAAGUAAAAAAUACUCAACCUGUGGACAGCGCAAAGAUAGAACCACCGGAUACUGGACUUUAUUAUGAUGAAUAUCUCAAGCAAGUGAUUGAUGUGCUGGAAACAGAUAAUCACUUCAGAGAAAAGCUCCAGAAAGCAGACAUAGAAGAAAUAAAGAGUGGGAGGCUAAGCAAAGAGCUGGAUUUAGUAAGUCACCAUGUGAGAACAAGACUUGAUGAACUGAAAAGGCAAGAACUAGCAAGGUUAAGAAUGCUAAUUAAAGCUAAACUGGAUUCCCAUCAAAAUACAGGCAUAGACCACCAUGCUCUUCUAAAACAAUUUGAUCACCUAAACCACCUGAAUCCUGACAAGUUUGAAUCUACAGAUUUAAAUAUGCUAAUCAAAGCGGCUACAAGUGAUCUGGAACACUAUGAUAAAACUCGACAUGAAGAAUUUAAAAAAUAUGAAAUGAUGAAGGAACAUGAAAGGAGAGAAUAUUUAAAAACACUGAGUGAAGAAAAGAGAAAAGAAGAAGAAUCUAAAUUUGAAGAAAUGAAGAAAAAGCAUGAAAAUCAUCCCAAAGUUAAUCAUCCAGGAAGCAAAGAUCAGCUAAAAGAGGUAUGGGAAGAGACUGAUGGAUUGGAUCCUAAUGACUUUGACCCCAAGACAUUUUUCAAAUUACAUGAUGUCAAUAGUGAUGGCUUCCUUGAUGAACAAGAAUUAGAAGCCUUAUUUACUAAAGAGUUGGAGAAAGUAUAUGACCCCAAAAAUGAAGAGGACGAUAUGAUAGAAAUGGAGGAAGAAAGGCUUAGAAUGAGGGAACAUGUAAUGAAUGAGGUUGAUGCUAACAGAGACCGAUUGGUGACUCUGGAAGAGUUUUUGAAAGCUACAGAAAAAAAGGAAUUCUUGGAGCCAGAUAGCUGGGAGACGUUGGAUCAGCAACAGUUCUUCACAGAGGAAGAACUGAGAGAAUAUGAAAAACUUAUCUCUUUACAAGAAAAUGAACUUAAGAAAAAGGCAGAUGAGCUUCAGAAGCAAAAAGAAGAGCUACAACGUCAGCAUGACCAGCUUGAGGCUCAGAAGCUGGAAUAUCAUCAGGCUGUACAGCAGAUGGAACAAAAAAAAUUACAACAAGAAAUUCCCCCAUCAGGGCCUGGUGGAGAAUUGAAGUUCCAGCCACACGUUUAAAAACUGAAGUCCACCAGAACUUGGAAGAAAACUAUUAAAUCAACAUCUGUUUCUUCUUUUUACCUCCCUUCCUUUUUCUCUGCUCAAUAAAUAUUUUAAAGCAUAUAUGGAAUAAAGGAAGAUGCUUUUUAAGUGAAAACACAUUUUUUUGGGACACAGAUAUUUAAGGAUUGAAGUCUACCAGAACCAGGAAGAAAACAAACUCAAUAUCUGCUCUCACUUUCAUCCUUCCCUUCUUUCUCUUGGUUCUCCUUUAGUGAUUUAAUUAAGUGGCCUUAUGCCAUAAUUUAAUGAAACUAUCUAACUAUUUAAGUGAGAAAGCUCUAUUACUUUUAAAAUAAAUUGCUCUCACUUACUGAGAAGGAUAGAUACUUUUUUAUGGGGGCUUAUCAUCCCCUCUCUCAAUAAAGGCUCUUUGAUAUUAAUAAUCCUUCUCCUGAGAAGACCACAGUAUUCCCCAGUGCUUCUUGGUAACUGUUUUUUACUUUCAACAACGUUAACUGCUAGAAAUUCUUGUACUGAAUAGCUUUUCCUACCAGUUCAGGUCAUUUUUCAUUCAUAUUUUCACUUUAUACUCUAUCAUUUAAGAUCAGGUUCUGCAACAUAUAAAGAAAAGCCAAAGAUAAGAGUGGUUUAAACUAAAUAGGAGUUUUUGCCUCUUACAUGAAAGAACUCUGGAAGUAGGUGGUAUCCAGGUUACUAUCUUUCUGGUCUGCUAUCCUCAUUACAUGGUUUUUAUCCUCGAGUUACCUCAUUCUCACCAUCCAAUAUUGCUUCCGGAGGCAGUGGGGAAGGGCAAGAAAAGGAACUUUCCCUGGUUGAAUCAGCUUCCUUUAGACAGUUUUCCUAGAGAACUGCACAGCGUUUGAACUUACAGCUCAUUGGCCAGAACUGAGUCACAUGGCCACCUGCUGCUAGGGAAGCUGAGAAUCCAUGUGGCAAUGUAACCAGCUAAAAGUUAGGCUUCUUUAACUAAGGAAGAAGGAAAGAGGGAAUGUUUGGUAGGCAACUUUCAAUUUUAACCCAAACAGCUUUGUUGGCUGCCUAAAUAUCUAUGUACAUUCUUCUGAAAC